ACAUCAUCAACCCAAGAGCAGUCAGCUGCUGCAGGGGGGAGAGAGAGAGAGAGAGAUUAGAGCAAGUGCAACAGCGCGAGCGCGAGCGGCGCGCGCACUCACUCACAUUCACACAGACUGACACAUCGCACGAAUCACACACACACACAGGCACACUUACGUAUUCGCUUACAUUCGCACUCACACACACGCAGAUUCUCUGCGAGGGCCUUUACUCGGAUGAUGGUAAAUAUGGCAGUCACUCUCGUCAGAUCUCCUGAGUCUGAAUCUGCGCUGACGUUAGCCUAGCCGUCAUAGCCUAGGGUAGCGUAGCGCAGCUCGAGCACAGCGCAGUAGGACAACACGCUCGCCAUGGAGGAGCUAUCGGAGGACCCCUAUCUCCCCUACGACGGGGGAGGGGAUACCAUUCCCUUGCAAGAGAUGCCGAUAAAAGGUUCUAACUACGCCAUGUCUAACGGUGGCGGGGUGGUGAGCAGCUCCACCCACCUGCUGGACCUGCUGGAGGAGCCCAUCCCAGGCGUGGGCACCUACGACGAUUUCCACACUAUCGACUGGGUGCGCGAGAAAUGCAAGGACCGCGAGCGGCACCGCAAGAUAAACAGUAAAAAGAAGGAGUCAGCAUGGGAGUUCACCAAGAGCCUCUAUGACGCCUGGUCAGGAUGGCUGGUGGUCACCCUCACUGGCCUGGCAUCAGGGGCGCUGGCCGGCGUGAUCGACAUCGCGGCCGACUGGAUGAACGACAUCAAGGAGGGCGUGUGCUUGACGGCCAUGUGGUUCAACCACGAGCAGUGCUGCUGGGGCUCCAACGAGACCACCUUCGCCGAGCGCGACAAGUGCCCGCAAUGGAAGACGUGGGCCGAGCUCAUCCUGGGGCAAGCAGAGGGUCCGGGCUCCUACAUCAUGAACUACUUCAUGUACACGUACUGGGCCCUGUCCUUCGCCUUCACGGCUGUCUGCCUGGUGAAGGUGUUCGCCCCCUACGCCUGCGGCUCAGGGAUCCCUGAGAUUAAGACGAUCCUGAGCGGCUUCAUCAUCCGCGGCUACCUGGGCAAGUGGACGCUGAUGAUCAAGACCAUCACACUGGUGCUGGCGGUGGCGUCGGGCCUCAGCCUGGGCAAGGAGGGCCCGCUGGUGCACGUGGCCUGCUGCUGUGGCAACAUCUUCAGCUACCUCUUCCCCAAGUACAGCAAGAAUGAGGCCAAGAAGAGAGAGGUGUUGUCUGCAGCAUCAGCAGCUGGUGUGUCGGUGGCUUUUGGUGCACCAAUAGGAGGAGUACUCUUCAGUCUGGAAGAGGUGAGCUACUACUUCCCUCUGAAGACGCUGUGGCGCUCCUUCUUCGCGGCGCUGGUGGCGGCCUUCGUGCUGCGCUCCAUCAACCCGUUCGGCAACAGCCGGCUGGUGCUCUUCUACGUGGAGUACCACACGCCCUGGUACCUGUUCGAGCUCUUCCCCUUCAUCCUGCUCGGCGUGUUCGGCGGUCUCUGGGGAGCCUUCUUCAUCCGCGCCAACAUCGCCUGGUGCCGCCGGCGCAAGUCCACGCGCUUCGGCAAGUACCCGGUGCUGGAGGUGAUGACGGUGGCAGCUGUGACGGCCGUGGUGGCCUUCCCCAACCCGUACACGCGGCAGAACACCAGCGAGCUCAUCAAGGAGCUGUUCACCGACUGCGGCCCGCUCGAGUCCUCGCAGCUGUGCCAGUACCGGAGCCGCAUGAACGGCACCAGCGCCUACACGGACGCCGCCGGCAACACCGCCACCACGCCUGGCGUCUACUCCGCCAUGUGGCAGCUGGGGCUAGCGCUGGUCUUCAAGGUCGUCAUGACCAUAUUCACCUUCGGGCUGAAGGUGCCGUCAGGUCUGUUCAUCCCCAGCAUGGCGAUCGGGGCGAUCGCGGGGCGCAUCGUGGGCAUCGUGAUGGAACAGCUGGCGUACUACCACCACGACUGGUUCCUGUUUAAGGAGUGGUGCGAGGUGGGCGCCGACUGCAUCACGCCUGGCCUCUACGCCAUGGUGGGGGCCGCCGCCUGCCUCGGUGGCGUGACGCGCAUGACCGUGUCGCUGGUGGUCAUCGUGUUCGAGCUGACGGGCGGCCUGGAGUACAUCGUGCCCCUCAUGGCCGCCGUCAUGACCAGCAAGUGGGUGGGCGACGCGUUUGGGCGCGAGGGCAUCUACGAGGCGCACAUCCGCCUCAACGGCUACCCGUUCCUGGACGCCAAGGAGGAGUUCACGCACACCACGCUGGCACGCGACGUGAUGCGGCCGCGUCGCUCGGACCCGCCGCUGGCCGUGCUCACGCAGGACGACCUGACGCUGGCCGAGCUGCAGGCCAUCAUCACCCAGACCAGUUACAACGGCUUCCCCGUCAUCGUCUCCAAGGAGUCGCAGCGGCUGGUGGGCUUCGCCCUCCGCAGGGACAUCACCAUCGCCAUCGAAAACGCCCGGCGCAAGCAGGAGGGCAUCCUGCUGAACUCGCGGGUCUAUUUUACCCAGCAUGCCCCGACGCUGCCCGCCGACAGCCCUCGGCCCCUCAAGCUGCGCUCCAUCCUGGACAUGAGCCCCUUCACGGUCACCGACCACACACCCAUGGAGAUCGUGGUGGACAUCUUCCGCAAGCUGGGUCUGCGCCAGUGUCUGGUGACCCACAACGGGAUUGUGUUGGGAGUCAUCACUAAGAAGAAUAUUUUAGAGCACCUGGAAGAGCUCAAGCAUCGAGUGGAGCCCUUGGCGUCUCCUCGGCAUCGUCACAAAAAAAGAUAUCCUCCGCCACAUGGCCCAGAUGGCCGACCAAGAUCCCGAUACCAUAAUGUUCAACUAGUCCCGUCCUUCAUCAGCUGCACCAAGCCGGAGGAGGAAGAGGAAGAGACUGAAGAGGAAGUCCGCCUACUGGACAGCACGUCCCUCUGACCACACGUCCCCCCAGCUACCAAACACCACCACUCUCCACACACAGAUAUCACACUGUUCUUUACACACACACACACACACACACACACACACACACACACACACACACACACACACACACGUUGACUUGAUGGGGCUGGUGUCUUAUCGGUGCCCUCUGCUGGUGGGGACUGGAAAUGCACAAUCCAGCACACAGACUUGUCAGGGUGGAAGAGAUGGUGAACUGUGAAUUGUGUUUCACAGAAGAAUCAGUGUCUAAAUCAAACCACACACACACACACACACAUUUUUGGCACUACUAUACCUGUCUACACCCACAAACCACUGACACACACACACUCACCUUCUCUCACACAUACACACACAGACAGACAGACACUCACCAACAAACACACAGGUCAUGCACCCUUGCUCCUCCCGUCCCACCACCCAUGUUGAUUGACCUUUUGAUUUGUGACCUUUGACCUGUCUCGUUAAAGGUGCCUGGGAUGGACAAAAAGGUCGAGAUGAAACGCCCAGAGGAGAGGAGCUACUGCAACCCUUGUCCAACUUUUACGAUCCAACUAUGUUUACCCGUAAAGUCUGCGUGUGCCUGCGUGUGUGUGUGUCUAAAAAUGCACCCAACAUUCCAGACAAGCUGGUAUGUGAACCGUUUGGCUUUCUUGCACCUUUACAGAAGUAAUCAAAAAGCUCAACAGCUUUAAAGUGUGUGUGCGUUUGUGUGUGUGUGUGUGUGAGGGAGAGAGAGUUGUGUGUGCAUGAAUGUGUAAGUUUGGGUACAAUGGAGAAUGACUGCGAAUGUGCAUGCAUGUGGGUAGCCUCUUGUACGUUUUGUGUGCAAGACUGAAAGGUGUCAACAUUUCUCACUAUGUGUUUUGGUUCGCAGCGGUGUGGUGUGGCGAUUGAGUAAUUAAUGUAAAAUAUGAACAAACAUACAAAUCAAAUGUUCAACUAUGAGGAGCUGCUGGACGUUGCUGCUCGAGUGUGUGUGUGUGUGUGUGUGUGUGUGUGUGUGUGUGUACGUGUGUGUGUACGCACGCGCGCCUGUGCUGAGCCUCUGAACGCUUGUCAGGAGGGUGGUAACUGCCAGGACGUGUGGGACCCCCCAGUCCCAUCCUUCUUGGUCGUCCUUUUGGAUUGACUAACAAAAAGUACCUGGAAUUCUGUGUUCUUUGUUACUGGGUAAAAAUAAAUCUUUUUUUUUUUUUUUCUGUUCAGACUACUAUUGUUGCUACUACUUUUAGACGUAUUGUAUAUUACCAAGUAACUCCACUUUUCGGCUUAGAAGAUAAAUGUUCUACAUAAGCAAACGUGACAUUUUAAAAGGAUGGUACAGCGUGGAUUAUCAUGCCGAGUUAAGCUACAGACCUUUCUUUUCAUCUCGCUCUUGAUAGUUUUGUUUUUCUGUCAGUAAAAUCAGUACAAGAAAGUGUCUUACCUCAGUUGCUUUCUCUUAAUUUUCAUUUAACUGGACUCCAGCAGCCCCACUAACAUCAUUCUUCAAGUUGCUAUUGCCUAAGGCAAGUUACAAGUAACAUGGCUCACAAGAGAAGUGCAAUUAAAUUUGCUUGCUUAAAAAGUUUUCAUCUUGUUGGCAAAACUUGCGCAUAUAACUCGCGUAAAUGAGCGUUGACUUGAAGAUAAAAGGCCUAUAAAAGCUGCGAGGGACUGCACUAAAAAAAAAAAAACCUCAAAGUUUACCCAUGUCCAUUUUUUGUUUUCUUAACUCUGCUACCCUGAGUGAAAUAGUCCAAGUGUGCGAGCCAACAUCAGGCUUGCGAAGAAUGUGAUCUGUCCUUGUGGUUGUCCAGAGUGUCAUGCGUCGGGCCUUUGCUCGCCACAGAGCAGGAGGAGCAGUUCAGGCAUCUUUGUCCUCUACAGUGACUGUACUGCUGUCCAAACCAUCUUAUUUCUUUAAAUCGAUCUCAGUGUUUUUUUUUUUGUUUGUUUUUUUUUUUAAUUUAUAUUAGUGCUAGAGUUGUACAGUACUGUAUGAAGAAUUUUACGUAUGAUUACGUACGAUUGAAAGGUCGAUUGUACAUUUAAAGCAAAAUAUGUAAAGAUUAAAUUGUUUUAAAUUAAGUGUAUGCAACAGC